ACUGAUAUCAUCAAAUGAAGGAAAUCCGUUAUUUUGAUUUUGCUAGUUAUUUGAAAUGAAUUCCACUACUGAUUUCACAGAAAUAAGAAAAUCGCCAGAAAAUGAUAUCCCUCAGAGAAGUACCCUCAGUUCAGUGAAAAAGCGACCGUUCGUUUCAAGAAAGUUGCUUAAUUUGGCGCCCCUUAAUCUUAACGAGAUAAAACGGGAAGUGGAAGCAGAAAAAAAUAAAAGUAUAAACUUUACCUUUGAUGAUAACGAAUUUACGACAGAGAACGAAUCGUCAGAAAACACCCUCAGAGAUAUAUCGAACUCCAUUGAAAUUCGAGAAGCUGAAUUGGCAUCAAGUCUCAGUGAGAGUCACUGUGAGUCCAGUGCUGCUCAUGUUGAAAGUUUGUGCAAGGAACCCGAGAGGAAAACUGAAUUGAACCCUUGUAGAAACCCAACUAACGAUAGUUUUGAUUUGGACUUUUCGUCGUUAUCUUUAUCAACUCCUGUGAGGAAAAGAGACACAGCUUUCACAACUCCUACUGUUAACAAGCCACCCAUAUGUCAUACAGCACAAGCACCCAAAUUCGACAGUUUUGUUACACCUAAGGUACAGAAUUCCUUACCAGCCAAACGUCAGUCAAGCAAUUCCAACAAACCGUUGUUCGUAACCCCCAAACAACCUGUGCAGAGUUAUCAAAUUAAACGUGUUACUCCAUUUGGAAGUAAAGCCAUCAAGAAAGAAAACGUAGGUGAGAAUGUCUUGUAUUCAAUGCCGAGGACUACUACUCCUAAGGACGAAACUUUCAAUAAGAUUGUGGUCAAUCAGGUAGAAUACCUGAUCCUCAGCUUGUUAGGAAAAGGGGGCAGCUCCGAGGUAUUUCAGUGCUACAAUCUGGUAAGCAAAAAGCUUGUAGCGAUAAAAUGUGUUUCUCUACAAAACUCCUCUUCAGCAAGUGGUUACAUAAACGAAGUUAAUCUGCUGAAGCAACUUCAGAACUGUGAUAAAAUAAUUAAAAUGUUUGACCACGAAAUUCUGAGAUCAGAAAAUAAGCUGUACAUGGUUCUUGAGAAAGGCGGAGACGAUUUGUCAACCAUUCUGAAGAAACUGGCCUCUCAAAGUGCCCACAUCCCGAUUUACAUGCUCCUCUUCUAUUGGAUGGACAUGCUCCACGCGGUCAGACAGAUACACUUGCAUGGAGUGAUACAUUCCGACUUGAAACCUUCAAAUUUCAUCAAGGCCGACGGUGGACUGAAGCUUAUCGACUUUGGAAUAGCCUCUUCCGUGCAAAAUGAUGAGACGAGUGUUAUUAAAACCAACCCUGAAGGCUCGUGCAACUAUAUCAGCCCCGAAGCUUUGAACAGUGAUACUUCUACAAAUUCGUCGAGCCCUAGUUUUGGCAAAGCUAAGUAUAAGCUGCACUAUAAGUCCGACGUUUGGUCUUUAGGUUGUAUUUUGUACCAACUAGUAUAUAGGAGGACACCUUUCAACCACCUGGUCAAUUUGUGGUGUAAACUAGCAUAUAUUUUGAACCCGAAUCACACAAUCGAGUAUCCAGAUGCACCUUGGGUGCCUCCGAGAAUCUUGGAUACUAUUAAGAAAUGUCUGCAAUAUAAUGUUAAAUCUAGACCAUCUGUGGACGAAUUAAUACAGGAGUAUGAGACGAAAUUACAUGAAAUUUAAAUAAUUUAUUGAGUAUUCAAUGUUCUGGUUGUUUCUGAAGUAAUUUUUCACAGAAUGGCUGUAAAUUCUGGUAAUUUGUAAUGUAUACCUACUUUUUAUUCAGAAUUAUGUAUAAAUUAAUUUGAAUUUAUUGACAGAAUCAAUUAAUUUUCAAUUGAGCUAAAAAAGUUGUACUGACACAGUUUUAAAACAAUAAUAGUGCUAUACUACCAAAAAGUGGGCAUUACAAAUAGCCCCGUUUGUAUUAUAUAUUUAUUUAUCUAGUAUUAAGAAGCCUGAGAGAUAAUCUUCCAUUUUUCAACUGUAAGCCCUUUAUAACCUUGUAUGUAUGUUUUAGUUCAUUGAACUGACUAAAGCAUAUAGAUAGAAGCAUUAUAGAUGAAUGAUUUUAUUUUCUUUAAUUGUGAAUCAUGCAUCAAAGAUGGAAUAUAUUUUUUUAAUAUUUCGAAGAGAGAGUAUAUACAAAAUAUAUUUUUUUAUAUAAAAACUGUACAUGUAUCCUUAUAAGGNCU